UUUGACAGCUUUGAUCUAUGAUAGUUUGACAACUGUGUUGUUAUUGGCAUGUAUUUUCUGUUAUUUUUGGUAUUUUAUUAUUUCUCAAAUUGUUAAACUACUAGGUACUUAAUUUGAAAAAGUUUUCUGAAAUAAUUUAAAAAACACUUAAAUGAAGAUGCCCCAGGAACCUCGUAGGGAACGAAAAAAUUCGGCCCCUCUGUCACCUUGUCCCAUUGUUGAUAUCUCGGACGAAGAAUUAGUGUCGAUAGCAGUGAGGGAUCUAAAUCGUCAACUAAAACUAAGGGGUUUAUCUCGCGAUGAAAUAAUUCGUAUGAAACAGAGAAGGCGUACCUUAAAAAAUAGAGGUUACGCUGCUUCGUGUAGAAUCAAGAGAAUUGAACAAAAAGAUGAAUUAGAAUCUGAAAAAUCGCUUGAAUGGAAAGAAAUUGAACAAAUACACGAUGAAAUAAAAAGGUUUAAAGAAGAGUGUAAUAGUAUACAAAUACAAUAUGAAUCACUGAAAAAGUUUGCAAUGAAUAAUAAAAUUUCUAUUCCACCAGAAUUAGAGACAUUGUAAGCAUUAGCUUUUUAUGGCUUAUGUUAUUUUAUUAUCUAAUUAUGUUAAAUUAAAAGGUAUUGAGAGGGGCUAGGUAUACUUCAUAAAUAAGAAUAUUUAAGAAUUAAAAAUAUUAGCAAAAUUUACAAAUGAAAGAAGUAGGUGUAUACAUUUAUUUUCAAUUAAUUAUUAAUAAUUCCUGUAAUUAAAAGAACUUUAAGAAAUAUUAGCUUUUUAAUGUUUCUAAAGAUUUUUAUUAAAUCUCUACUUGUUUCGGCGUCGUACGUCGUUCUGAAAAGUACAAAUAGUACUAUCUUCAAAAAGACAGGACAUUGAAGCAAGCAUAAAAAUAACAAUUUUUUGAAACAUUGAAAGCUAUUAUUUCUUUUUAUUCUGUUAAUUAUCAAAUAAUGUUUCACAAUACUUCAUCUAUUUCAUCAAUUGUAAUAAAAUUACUCAUAUGCUUUUUCUACAAGACAAUUUUUACAUAAUGAAAACUGAAGGUAUAUUUUUAAAUGAUAACAGUAGUACUUUGGGACCAUAUUCUGUGCUGUAAGUCAUAACUUUAUAAUUUAUUUUAAUGCUUGAAAUUGCUAAUCUGCAUGCAGUUGUUCAAUGAAAUAUUUAUACAUUAUAUAUUGUAGUAUAAAGAGAAACAUUAUUUUUUUAGUUAAAUACACUUUACUGGUAUUUUAAUUUACAAAUCAUUUAAAUAUGCGAAUUAUUUCGGAUUUUCAAGAUAUCAUGCAUAUUUAGAUGUAUUGACUUAAUUUUUUUCUAAUACUCCUACGUGUACAUCACAAUUUUGUACAAAAAUGUAGAAUAGUAUAAAAUUCCCAUAUAAUUAAGUAGUAAGUAAUGUUUUAAUUUACUAAGAUGGAUUACUAGAUUAUUACCUUAAUUAAAAAACUAACAUUUUAUUGAUAGUUUUUAUAUAUACAAAAACAGCAUGGUUAAAAACAUUAAAAUGGAAGAAACUAAAUAAUUUUUAAAAUGUUAGUUAGAAAAUAUUAAGUAAACAAACAGAUGAUAGAUAGAAUAAAUGGGCCAUUCUAAAGUCAAGUAACUCAUUGGUUUCUAACCAUUACUCAAACCAAAUGGUACCAAAUUUUUGAAAGUAAUGCUCUCUUUGAUAUGUAAUUGGUAAUUAAUUUAAUGUGUACAAAGUAACACAAAAAUGCUCAAAAUGUAUCAUCACUGUGAUCUGGCCUUUUUCAAUUGUCCAAGUCUUUGGACGGGAGUAUUAGUUAAUAAUUGGGCUGCGGUGACUUAUUUUUAAAGAAUAAUAGAUUUCUAUCCUCUGUUUUGAUGUAAUCAAUAAGCCUAUGCUUAUUUUGAUUGUCUCUUUUCUUAAAUUCUUUUUAACUUUGAUCAUGAUUAGUGACCAUAGUCAUCCAAGGGCUGUCAGUUCGAGCCCCCGGCAAUUUUCGGAUCUAUUGUUUGGCGACCCAAUACUGAGAUUUAAUAAUUAUCAAUUACAUAUCAAAGAGAGCAUUGUUUUGAUUGAUUAAGUAUUGUUUGGUGUGAGAUGUAUUUAGAAACCAAUCAGUCAUUUAAUUUUGAAGUCUUAACUAAAGAAUGGUUUUCAUUUAGUACUAAAAGCAUUAAAAAGUGGUACAGAAAUGUGCAUUAAGAAAAGUACCGUUUUAACUACAUAUGCAAACAUACAUUUAUGAACUUUUUUACUUUUUAUCUGCAUCUUUGAAACAAAAAUGGUCAUGAAGUUCUUCAAAGGGUUUUAAAAUUUAGCAAUUAAGGAAAAUCUUAAAUUCUAAAAGGGGUAAUCAUCCUUGACAAUUUUUAAAUAAUAACUAUUGCAUACCUGUUUAUUUUCACAUUGUUUUCCUCUGAAAAUAAAGUAAUGUAUGUGAUUGAUA